AUGGAGCCAACCAUUUACAUCAACUCGUCGAGCGCGAACGUCAUGGGUCUGAGUACCGAGAUAGCGUCCCAGGUCUUGGCCUUCCACCGCAAGCUGCCACAGUACGACGAGACGCCGCUUCAUUCGCUACCAACAUUGGCCAAAGAACUUCAGCUCGGGCACGUCUUUGUCAAGGACGAGUCAGGUCGCUUCGGUUUACCAUCCUUCAAGAUCCUGGGUGCCUCUUGGGCUGUCUUCAGGGCUCUCGCCGAGAAGCUGGGCCUGGACCCCGCGAGCCUUGUGGAAGACACCCGAGAGUCGUCACAGCUGUGGGAGGACCUGGGAGCCAAGGCAAAGACCCACGGAUUCAGCCUCGUCACAUGCUCAGAGGGGAACUGGGGCCGAGCUGUUGCUCGCAUGGCCCGAUAUCUUGGCAUGCCCGCCAGAAUCCUCAUCCCAGCUUUCAUGCCAGAGACCACGAGAGCGCGGAUACGAUCCGAAGGCGUUGAAAUUAUCGUGGUAGACGGAAGCUACGAUGACAGCGUCGCUGCUGCUAGAAGGGAAGCAGACGUGGACGACAAGGUCAUACUCGUUAUGGAUAUGGGCUGGGAUGGCUACGAGCAGAUCCCCGAGCAGUGGGUGGUCGAGGGCUACACCACUAUGUUACGUGAAGCGGACGCUCAGGUUCUAGCCAUGACACGGGGCAUCACAGCAACCCAUGCCUUCAUUCCUGUUGGCGUAGGGUCUAUCGCCCACGCCGUCACUCGCCAUUACAAAAGCACAGAGCGGGACCAGAGCUCUAGGGCGUCGGUCAUCACCGUCGAGCCCACCACCGCUGCAUGUUUCAAGGCGUCGCUUGAGGCUGGCCGGAUCACUCCUGUGCACACUGGUGACUCUAUUAUGUGUGGCAUGAAUUGUGGAACGGUAUCAUCAACCGCCUGGCCAGUCCUUCAGCCUGCAGUAAAUGCCGAUGUCACCGUUACCGACUACCAGGCUCACAUGGCCGUCUGCGAGCUCGAGAGCCUGGGCCUGCAGCCAGGCCCAUGCGGUGCUGCCACGCUGGCCGCGCUGAGGACCGCUUGUCGAGAUGCGAGAGCCGAACUCCACCUCAGCCCAAGUUCCGUUGUCGUACUGUUCUGCACGGAGGGAAAAAGAGAGUACGCGAUCCCCGUGGCUGAAGGAUGA